CACAAUCUCACCCUUCAAAACCUUUCAACUUUGAAUGGCUUUUCUUCAACAUUUCUGCGCGUCUGGGUUUUUAUAUUUGGGUAUAAUUAUAAACUAAAACAAAAGAGAGAAAACCAUUCAAUUCAAUUCCCAUAGCAUCAUCUUACCUAAAACGUCACUUUCUUCCAUCAGAUUCUUCAUAGACUUGUUUGCAAGAAUUCCUUGGUCUAGGGUUUUAGGUUAGAAAAAGGUGGGCAAUUUUUUUAUAAUUUUUCCCCCAAAUUAAACAAAUAAAGAUUCAGUUCUGAGCUAUUUAUGCUUGGACCCAGUUUUUCUAUGUCCUUUCUAGGAAGAAUCCUGUAAUGGGUUGUAUCAAUUAGUCUGAAUUUCUUUUUAGGAAGGGGAUUAAUUAGAUGUUAGGACCUGGGGAUGAAGAAAGGCAAGCUAAUGCCCGGAAAACUUAUCUUAGGUCAGUUUCAUGGUCUGAUAGAUCACCUAAUAAGCCUAACCCUAGUUACCCCCGAGCUCAACCGAGCAACAAAGCUCGGUCUUGCUUACCGCCUCUUCAACCCCUUUCGAUUUCCAGACGAAAUGUAGAGGAGUGGCCUAAGGCUGGAUCAGAUGAUCUGGGGGUUUGGCCUCAACCUUCAACCCCUGGAGGUAGAAUUGGAUGUGGGUUGGGUGUAAAACCGAGUGGGAGCUUGAAAAUUGAUGAACCCGGUAGAGAGUUUGAAUCCAAUAAAGAUAGGCUUGCAUUCUAUGAGAAAGAAUGUUCAAGGAUAGUGGAACAUAUAUACUUGGGAAGUGAAGCAGUGGCUAAAAAUCGAGAUAUUUUGAGGCAAAAUAGGAUAACCCAUGUGCUGAAUUGUGUCGGGUUUGUUUGCCCCGAGUUUUUCAAGGGUGAUCUUGUGUACAAGACACUUUGGUUGCAGGACAGGCCAUCAGAGGAUAUAACAAGUAUCUUAUAUGAUGUGUUUGAUUAUUUUGAGGAUGUUAGGGAACAAGGUGGGCGGGUUUUGGUCCAUUGUUGUCAAGGGGUGUCUCGAUCUACUUCCCUGGUAAUUGCAUACCUUAUGUGGAAAGAAGGGCAAAGCUUUGAGGAUGCAUUCCAGUAUGUGAAGGCAGCUAGAGGAGUAACUAAUCCUAACAUGGGGUUUGCUUGUCAACUUCUUCAAUGUCAGAAGAGAGUUCAUGCUAUGCCGAUUAGUCCUAAUUCUAUUUUAAGGAUGUACAGGAUGGCCCCACAUUCUCCUUAUGCUCCCCUCCAUCUUGUACCCAAAUUGGUGCACCAUCCUAGUAAACUUAACCUCGAUUCCCGUGGUGCGUUUAUUGUUCACGUUCCUUCAGCCAUAUUUAUCUGGAUUGGAGAGUAUUGUAGUUCGGUGAUGUCGAAUAAUGCGAGGGUGGCUGCUCAACAGGUUGUGAAAUACGAGAGGGCACAAGGGCCUCUUUUGCCGAUAAAGGAGGGUGAAGAGCCAUCUGAGUUUUUGGAUACUCUUUGUAGUGGAGAGAUCGAGAUUAUAGAGGAUAGGACUUUGUGCAGUGGUGAAGUUGAUGAGGAAAUGGCUAAUAGUGAUAUUAGGAACAGGAAAGUUAAUGAAUAUGAUCAGGAUUUUGAGAUCUUUCACAAGGCACUUGCUGGUGGUGUUGUUCCCCCUUUUACAUCGUCAGGCUCAACGGCUGAAACUCAUCUUCCUGCUCGGGAAAAUGGAUGGGGAAGAUUGAGGAAGAAAUUCGCGAAUGGUAUUAUGAAGGGAUUUCUCUUAUCACCUAUAUCUUGUCAGAAUACUCGAUCUAUUCAUGAAAGUGAAACUGAUUCUCAACAUGAUGCAGAAGAACCUGUUUCCCCAACUGCCCACUUAUUAUUGCAGUCUACCCUUAAACAUAGUUCAUCAUAUUCUAUCUUACCUGAUACAGAUGGUGUUACUGUUGGUGAAGAAUUUGGACAGACUAGUUCUUGUAGCUCACCAGACUCUUUCUCUCCUUAUCCAGCCAACAGUCCAACAUUCAAUUCCAAGUCUCCUUCACUUUCCCCUUCAACUUCAGACUAUUCAAACCCUUUUACCUUUUCGCCCUCAUCGUCAAACUGGUCAGACUCAUCGAACUUUUCUUCACAACCUUCACCUUCAGGAUUGGAAUUUUCUGAUCAUUUGUGUACUAGGAAUUCAGCUUCCAGCGAAACUGAUUGCCUACUUAAGAAGAAAGAGGAUUCAAAAGCAUGUAUGGAUGCAUUUUCUGCUCUAAAUGGCUGGAAAUCGUUGAAUUUUUGUUAUUGUAAAGGAACUUCUCCUUCGAUUGCCGAACGCCGGGGCAGUUAUCCACCGACAUUGAUGCUAUUGCCGACAGCUGAUUCAGUUCCAGCUCGUGUCACCAAUACCUUAGUUAGAUCAUGGUCCUUUUCUCUUCCUGACUUGGGUGAGGAGAUAAAAAGUGAAAUUGUGAAUAUGGAGCUAAAACAUGGGGAGUCCGGUGAAGUAAAAACAGAUGAGCUGAUGUCGGAUGCAGAUCAGUAGAGAAAGUGGAGACAAGGAAAUUUUCAAAGAACAUCUGAGCUCAAAUUAAGUGGGAGCUCCUGCUUCGCCAAAAGCGGGAUAAUAGAAGUUUGGGCAUCCCGGGCAGUUGCCAAGACCAACUAUCUGCUUGUGAGAUGUUAUGUUAGGGGAAAUCUAAAUAUAUUGCUCCUAAUUAUAUUGGUCUAUAUAUAUGUAUAUGUAUAUGUACAUAAGAUAUACGCCUACGUGUACACUGAAAUGAACCAGCAAAUUAGAGCCAAAGCGUACAAUAAGAAAACCUUUUUUUUUUUGCUUUAGUAGGUAUGUAAAAUUACAGCAUAAGGUAAUUGUAUUUUCAAAUUGUAAGAGAAUCUUUAUAGUAAUAUAGCAGGUAACAUCAGUUGUACUCAGAA